AUGCCCAAGACAAUUUAUCGAUUCAGAGUCAAUGUACCUGAAUUAACUACUGGUUUCCGUGUCCACUUGUAUGCCUACCAAAACAAGUACCCGUCAUUUUCUGAACUGACAGAUAAAAUAAAGGCUGUCAUAAACGAGACGUCCUUGGAAAAUUAUUCACUCACUCUCAAGAAUGACCAAGGUCACUACAGCAAAUUGCAUAACAAUUCUACUUUCCAGAACGCAUUGAAAUUACUCUCAAACCAGUCUCGGCUUGAGGUUACCUUGCAUCGAAAUGAACCUGGCCAGUCUCGGUACAUCUUCAAUGCUCUGGAUCGACAGCCCGAACAAGUCCCGAUCAUAAAACCUACUGUCUUGCGCUGGGACCCUUCUUGUGAUUCUUUCAAUGGAGCCAAUGCUGACCGUAAGGAUUCUGGGGUGAGCAUUGAGGAGUCUGGAGGAACGAGAAAGAAGAGAGUGCAGUCUGCUGAUCCUAUCCUCUUCAGGCGUACCCUUCCUGACCUUUCUUUUCCCCCACAGACCAGGCGCCUCUCUUCUUCGUUCCAUCCUCUUGAUCCCCAAAAGCCGUUGACAGCACCUUCUUCGCCAGACUAUUCUCGAACAAUAACUCUACCUGCAAUCUCAUCUUUGACCUCCGCUGUCGAUCCAACCUAUUCUCACUUGGCACCCAUCCUUCCUCCACCAGCAAUAUACAACUUUCACCAGCAUCAGCAUCACCACCAGCACCAGCACCAACAGAAUAAACAAAUCUCUCAAUCAUCUAGAUCCACAUCCACGUCCACAUCCAUGUCCACGUCUCCACCAUUAUCAGUGGCACUAGUCCCUACCACACCUCCGCCAAUUUCGUCUCAACAGCUGACAUUACCUCGCCACAAUUUGAGAUAUGCAAGUCCGGGACAGUUUGUGUGUGAACAUCCGAUGGGUGUGUCUGGUAGGGUGUGUGGACAAACCUUUCGGCGCUCUUAUGAUCUUUCACGCCACCAGACAAUUCACCUGAAGAACCGACCCUUGUGUCGCUGUCAUUACUGUGGCAAGAAGUUCACUCGCAUGGAUGCUCUUCGUCGGCAUGAACGGGUUCAAGGCCACACAAAGAUUUCCUCUUCUUCUCCUGUUUCUUCUUCUUCCUUAUCAAUGUCAGUCUAA